AUGAAGGCCACCGCUACCAUCCUCCUCGCCAUUGCCACCCUCGCCGCGGCGGUCCCCAACCCCAACGCCGAGAACCCUGGCGUCAUCUCCGCCCGCCAGGGCUGCUCGUACGGAUGCGUCUGUCAAUCCAACCCCGACGGAAGCGCCGACACGGAACAGUGCUGCACCGGCGGUACUAUGGAAGGCAACACCUGUGGCAACAUGAACUUCGCCGCCGCGGUGAACUUUGCCAGCUGCUGCCCUCUCGGCCAAACCUGCAAUGUCCCUGCUGGCUGCGACCCCAUCCCCGGCAACUAG